GGUGGGGCGGCACGAGCUUGCGGGAAGGGGGUAGUACAAACCCGCCCUGCCCGCGUCGCCGCCAGACUUAGCACGAGGCCGAGGGAGGAGAGCAGGGGGCGGCGGGCAGGUGCAGUGCAGGCCGUGCCUGACUAUUCAUAGUCGGGUUCUUGGAAGGGGCCGAGCCCGAGGGAGCAGUUUUGGGAGGGCGACUGGGAGGGGGUAGCGGGGCCCCGCUCCCGCCCUUUGUUUGGGCUCCGCUCCUCCGGCUGCAUCGUCGUCGCCUAGCAACAGCCGUUCUGAACUGCGAUUGGUUGCGCUCUUGGCAGCAGAGACCAAUGGCACGGUUGUUGCCAUGGCAGGUGCGGACUGCCAAGCUCAGUCCGGCCCCGCCCGCCGGGGCUCCGCCGACCGGGGCGGGCCUCCAGGGUGGGGGGCGGGACGCCUGGGUCCCCAGGGGCGGGUGGCUGUGCGGGGCGGGGCCGGCGGGGCGAGGGUUAACCCGCCCCUCCCCCGUCCACCUGCUUUCCCCCUUCCCCCGCGUGCCCCGGGCUGACCCUCGUUCCCUCUCCUCCCCGCCCCCGGCGGUGGCGGCUGCUGUUGUCACCCACCGGGCCGCCUGUCCCGCUUGCCCUCCCCGCCGCGGGGCUUGCCGGGCCGGCCGGGCCGGGACAGGCGGCCGCCUCCUCUCUGCCGCCACCGCCGCCAUGCUGGCUGCUCGCCCACCCCACUGGGGGCCCCACCGCGCCCCAGCCCCCCGUGGGCCCCGCGCCAGCCCUGACCCGGGUCUCAGCGGCGGUGGCAGCCGAGGUGCAGGAUGCGAGAAGGCGCCCCCCGGCCGGGCUCCCGCUCCAGGCCUCGCUCCCCUGCGGCCCUCUGAGCCCACCAUGGCCGUUCCACCAGGCCAUGGUCCCUUCUCUGGCUUCCCGGGGCCCCAGGAGCACACGCAGGUAUUGCCUGAUGUGCGGCUCUUGCCACGGAGGCUGCCCCUGGCCUUCCGGGACGCGACCUCAGCUCCGCUGCGCAAACUCUCCGUGGACCUCAUCAAGACCUACAAGCACAUCAAUGAGGUAUACUAUGCGAAGAAGAAGCGGCGGGCCCAGCAGGCACCACCUCAGGACUCGAGCACCAAGAAGGAGAAGAAGGUCCUGAAUCAUGGUUAUGAUGACGACAACCACGACUACAUUGUGCGCAGCGGCGAGCGCUGGCUGGAGCGCUACGAGAUUGACUCACUCAUUGGCAAAGGCUCCUUUGGCCAGGUGGUGAAAGCCUAUGAUCAUCAGACCCAGGAGCUGGUGGCCAUCAAGAUCAUCAAGAACAAAAAGGCCUUCCUGAACCAGGCCCAGAUUGAGCUGCGGCUGCUGGAGCUGAUGAACCAGCACGACACGGAGAUGAAGUACUACAUAGUGCACCUGAAACGGCACUUCAUGUUCCGGAACCACCUGUGCCUGGUGUUCGAGCUGCUUUCCUACAACCUGUACGACCUCCUGCGCAACACGCACUUCCGCGGCGUCUCGCUGAACCUGACGCGGAAGCUGGCGCAGCAGCUCUGCACAGCGCUGCUCUUCCUGGCCACGCCUGAGCUCAGCAUCAUUCACUGCGACCUCAAGCCUGAGAACAUCCUGCUCUGCAACCCUAAGCGCAGCGCCAUCAAGAUCGUGGACUUUGGCAGCUCCUGCCAGCUUGGCCAGCGGAUCUAUCAGUACAUCCAGAGCCGCUUCUACCGGUCGCCUGAGGUGCUCCUGGGUACACCCUAUGACCUGGCCAUUGACAUGUGGUCCCUGGGCUGCAUCCUGGUGGAGAUGCACACUGGAGAGCCCCUCUUCAGUGGCUCCAAUGAGGUGGACCAGAUGAACCGGAUAGUGGAGGUGCUGGGCAUCCCACCAGCCCCCAUGCUGGACCAGGCACCCAAGGCUCGCAAGUACUUUGAACGGCUGCCUGGGGGUGGCUGGACCCUACGAAGGACAAAGGAACUCAGGAAGGAUUACCAGGGCCCCGGGACACGGCGGCUGCAGGAGGUGCUGGGCGUGCAGACGGGCGGGCCCGGGGGCCGGCGGGCGGGGGAGCCGGGCCACAGCCCCGCCGACUACCUCCGCUUCCAGGACCUGGUGCUGCGCAUGUUGGAGUAUGAGCCCGCCGCCCGUAUCAGCCCACUGGGGGCUCUGCAGCACGGCUUCUUCCGCCGCACGGCUGAUGAGGCCACCAACACGGGCCCGGCAGGCAGCAGUGCCUCCACCUCACCCGCACCCCUUGACACCUGUCCCUCCUCCAGCACCGCCAGCUCCAUCUCCAGCUCUGGAGGCUCUAGUGGCUCCUCCAGUGACAACCGGACCUACCGAUACAGCAGCCGAUAUUGUGGGGGCCCUGGGCCCCCCAUCACUGACUGUGAGAUGAACAGCCCCCAGGUCCCACCCUCCCAGCCGCUGCGCCCCUGGGCAGGGGGUGAUGUGCUCCACAAGACACAUCAGGCCCCUGCCUCCGCCUCAUCACUGCCAGGGGCCGGGGCCCAGUUAUCCCCACAACCCCGAUGCCUUGGCCGUCCCCCGUCACCAACCUCACCACCACCCCCGGAGCUGAUGGAUGUGAGCCUGGUGGGCGGCCCUCCAGACUGCUCCCCACCUCACCCAGCGCCUGCCCCCCAGCACCCGGCUGCCUCAGCCCUCCGGACUCGGAUGACAGGAGGUCGUCCACCCCUCCCACCCCCUGAUAACCCUGCCACUCUGGGGCCUCGCUUGGGCCUCCGUGGUGUACCCCAGAGCACGGCAGCCAGCUCAUGACCCAGCCCCCUCCCUGGGGCCCCUCCUGAAGCCAUACCCCCCAUCUGGGGGCCCUGGGCUCCCAUCCUCAUCUCUCCCCUUGACUGGAAUUGCUGCUACCCAGCUGGGGUGGGUGAGGCCUGCACUGAUUGGGGCCUGGGGCAGGGGGUCAAGGAGAGGGGUCUAGGCGCACCCUCCCCAUAAGGACUGGACCCUUAGCCCCCUCCCCCCCCCCUUGUUUUCUAUUUAUUGUACCAAAGACAGUGGUGGUCCGGUGUCGGGGGGAGACCCCCUUCACCCUCGGGCCCUAGGAGGGGGUGGGGGCAGGUAGGGGGAGAUGGCCUUGCUCCUCCUUGCUGUACCCCCCAGUAAAGAGCUUUCUCACA